CGGUGGCGGCGGCCAGCCGCGGAGCAACAGGAGCGUCGGAGCCGCCUUGCGCACGCCGUCCGGGGCCAGAGCGUGGGCGCAUCCCGGCCCGCCGCAACUACCUACCUCAGCAGCCCCGCGUAGCCCCGCGCAGGUGGCCGGGUCCCCCUCGGAGGGAGGCGUCUGCGCUGCACAUCCCUCUGCGAGUCGGACCCACGGAUAAUGACUCUUCUUGAUUCUCACCUACGUUAAAUAAGCAUCCUGUGCACUUUACUCUCCUGUCGGUGCCAUUGGGCUGACCGAAGACAGGGUUUUGAAAUCUCAUCUGUAAAGACAUCCAGCCAGAGUCUUACUCAGUCUUGCCUUAACAAUGUUCCAGAGGCUGAAUAAAAUGUUGGUGGGUGAAGUCAAUUCUUCUUCCAACCAAGAACCAGAAUUUAGUGAGAAAGAAGAUGAUGAAUGGAUUCUUGUGGACUUCAUAGACACUUGUACUGGGUUCUCAGCAGGGGAAGAGGAGGAAGAAGACGAGGACAUCAGUGAAGAAUCACAUACUGAGCAUCCAUCAGUCUUUUCCUGUUUACCUGCCUCUCUCGAGUGCUUGGCUGAUACAAAUGAUUCCUGCUUCCUCGAGUUUGAGUCCUGUCCAAUGGAGGAGAGCUGGUUUAUCACCCCUCCCCCAUGUUUUACUGCAGGUGGGUUAACCACUAUUAAGGUGGAAACCAGUCCUAUGGAAAACCUUCUCAUCGAACAUCCCAGCAUGUCUGUGUAUGCUGUGCACAACUCCUGCCCCAGUCUCAGUGAGGCCAGCUGCGGGACUGAUGAAUUUCAUAAUCCAAGUAGUCCCAGAGUGGAAGCUCAGAAUGAAAUAGGGCAGCACGUUCAUUGCUAUGUUGCAGCUCUUGCUGCUCAUACAACUUUUUUGGAACAACCCAAGAGCUUUCGCCCUUCCCAGUGGAUAAAAGAACGUAGUGAAAGACAGUCUCUAAACAGAAAUAGCCUUCGUCGCCAAAAUCUUACCAGGGAUAGCUCCUCUCGGCAAGUCAAGCACAGUGGCUGGGUUGUUCAUCAGCCCUGCCCGCGUCAGUACAAUUACUAAGAAUUUCAAGUUCUGUUGGUUGGCUUCUCUUGGUUUGUGCAUGUAUGUGUGGAUGAGUGUGGAUGUACAAUGAAGAUGCUAUCUCUUUACAGCCAGCUGAUGACCAAUCACAGUUUUAUCAGUGUGUGUAGACACUAUCUUAGAAACAAGAUUUACGUGCUUGUAUAUCACAUAAUGCCUUUCUCUUAGCAUUUACUUUUUUUGUAAACUUUUUCAGAAUAUUUUUGGAAACAUAUCAAUACAAUUACAGUGUUUGGGGAUGUCUUUUAAAUCUAUUAAGGUGUACACAAGCUAGUUGGCAUUUUAAAGACAUUUCUUCCCAAGUGUGAGAAUAGGCAUCUUACAAUUUCAUUUUAUUUUAUAUUACUUAAUCAGUCUUUUGAGUAAGCAAAAAUUUAUUCUCAGGGUCAGCCAUACACUUUAUUGACCAGUACUUGAUAAUCUUUUCUGUAUAUAAUGAAUACAUUUUUACACACUAACAUGAGCAUUAACAGGUGAUAGUUGCCAUGGAUAUGAUGGAAUUAUGGCUGAACUUUCUUUUGAAAGAAAACUUGAUAUAUUUCUGUAUGUAUGGGUUGUUUUUUUCCCAGGUUAGUCAUGCAGUUCAUUUUGGAAUUCAGGUACAUUAAGUUUUAGUGAACAGUGCAUUCAGUAAUUCUAAUGUGACUAUGUGACGUGGUACAGAUAUUACAGGUAUCAUGGGACAAAAGCAUUUGUCUCACAUGCAGAGGGAUUAAAUUAAACCUGUGAAACUAUAUUUGGGAAAAUGUAUAUCUGUGACUCACCCAUUAGCCCAGUAUUUAAGUUGUUUUUGAUUCUUCCCUGCCAGCUUUGCCUACCCGCCAUCUCACAAGAGCUGUAAAUUCAGAAGUACUCACCAGGCACUUGAGUGACUUCAUAUUUAUAUCUGCCCAAAGGAGAAGAGAUAGGCUUUGUAUUUCCAGAUACAGUGAUAAAUCCUCCUCCAUGGUAGAGCGUCCUGCCAAGUGGCAAACAUGGGGGAUGGAGGGGGGUGUGAUGACAGCGUUUCAUAGCAUCUAAGCAAAGAGCAACAAGUUGGCUUCGUUGAGUUUUCAUUCCUUAUUUUACUUGGGCUUCAGGCAAAAUCUUUAACCACUCUGGCCUCUGUUUCCUUCACCAACGGGGGAUUAAUAAUAUUUACCUCCCUCACAGAGUUGUUGUGAGGAUUGUGUACUGAUUUGAAGUGAGGGUGUGUGCUGCCCAGAACUGGACCCUGUGUGAAAUUCCAAAGGCCUCUCUACUGAAUCUGGUGAUAGGGGUGGGGUCUGUGGUGAUUUUUCUGCCACAACUGUUCUUCAGAGUUGGUGCUAAUGAGGCCAGGUGCAGGGUUCAAUUCACAUGUAGGCCAGUUAACUUGACACAGAGAAAAUCUAUUCCCUUACCUCUAGUCAGUCACUUUAUAUUUUAACAGUUGUGAUGGGUUUUGCUGAGCCAUCCACACUCACUGAAUUCCCCUUGAAAUUAAGCAAACACAUUUAAAAUCAAAAGCACAAGCUGCUGACUGACAGUAGUAUCAGCUUCAUAAACAGCUUAUUUUUCCAACUCCUCUGCAACCAAUUAAAUAGUACACGUCUAUAAAAUGUUUUCAAGAAAAAAAAUAUGGUUAUGUGAAGUAUUAUUAUAGUUUUCAAUGACCCUGUACCAGUUUGAUGCAGGGAACCAUGGGAGGCUGUUUUUUUUUUUUCUUCAGUGAAGAGCUGUGCUCUUUUCUGACUAGACUGGAGUGGUUGGAAUUGGAAGCGGUCAAAUAGUGUAGUUAGAUGGUGUUGUUAGGUUGUUCUUCCACUGGCUGUGAUAAAGUGCCAGGAAUGUUUCAUCAGAACAAGAGUCUAGAUUCCCUUCUUCUCUGUUCAUUCCCCUUCUGUUUUGACUAUACCCCUUUAUUUAUUUGUUUUCUAAUUAGGGGCCAAGUCUGUAAAGUUUUGUGGAACUGAGCUAGAAGUUAUUUUGUUACUAUUUGUGUUUACCAGAGUUGGGAGAUAACGUAGCGUUUUCCUGAAAGUGUGUUUCACACCAUGUCUGUUAUAGGGCCAUAUGCUGGUAACUUGAAAAUAGACCAGCUAAAUGUUUCCUGGAUGUAAGCUUCUGAAUACAUGGGGGUCUCUUUCAUACAUUAUGUGCAAGUUGUUAGUACCUCAAAAACUACAGCAGUUCGGCCAUGAAAAUUAGUUUGACAGCAUGAACUGAUUUGUAUAUAAAACUGCAAUGGAAGUUCUUUUUUUUUUUCCUUCAGAUUUCCUGAUCACUUAAAUACAUGUACAUCUCCUUCAGUUAUAUUGACUUUUUGUUUGCCUCAUCUGGGCCUAGUUUUAUAUGCUUUGUAUCUGGAAAACAUGAUUUCAGUCAUUAGUAGGUGUCUUUUUUUUUUUUUUAGGUUAAGGGUUACCACACCGUGUGAUACCAUGCUGUGUUCAUGUAUCAGUAUCUAAAGGUUCUGUCUAAAAUUGGCACAUGUAAGAACUGAAGAAAAUGGUUUAUGUAAUUCAGUUGAAGUUCUUGGUCAUAAGAUGCUUAUUAGACAUCUGCUGUGUGCAAGAUACAAGGCCAGUAACAACACAGAAUUAUGCUGACCUGUUAAGUAUUCUUUGAAACAUGGCCAAAAUGCAUUUUAUUGUAAGAGUUUGUGAUUAUUUUUGCUGUUGUAAAUAUCAGUGGUUUACAGUGUACUUCAGUGCAUAUCUCUUAAAAUUCAAGCAUUGAGAAAUAAGACCCUUCUGAAUUUAGCAGCUAUGACAGUUUCUAAACUGAUAACAUAGAAUGUUAACUUGGAAAACGUCUGGAAGACAUGGUGCACGCACACAGUGCUUCGUGUAUGAGUUUAUUAGUUUUUACAGUGCACCAUGUUCUCAAAGUUUGUGUUUUUGUUAAUAAAACAUUUCAUAAUGUAUAACAUGUUUAUUACUUUUUCUUCCUCAACUAAUUGAAUUAUGUUCUGCACUGUAAGUUGAAGGUGAACAUCCUUUAUUUAUCUUCCGUGGCAAUACGUUUAUAUAGCUGUUUGGGGGGGUGGGGUUCUACAGAAGAUGCAGAGUGAUUGGAUUUUUGUCUUCCUAUUGCAGGGAGGCUUUUUUUUUUUUUUUAAACAUUAAUUUCCUGUACAUUUUUCUGGUUCCCAUGCAAACUGUUCCUGUUUACAUAUCCUUUCUGUUGUAUCAGUACUUUCAUUCUAGUGAGAAGACAGUUUGCUUAAAAUUUGAGAGGGCCUUGUGGCGUUCCCUAUUGUUUCUUAACUUCUCAAAUCUGUGUUAGUACACUGAUUUGUAAUCUUCAUGUCUUUGUUGAAUCUGAGUUUGAUAUUUCUCUUCCUCCUGAAGGAAAUAAUAUUGCCUCUACAUAACUCUUAAAAAAGAGCAAGGAAGGGGGUAUCUUUGUGACCUCAUUUUCUUUGAGUUGCAAACAACAAAAAUGAAGGACUCCAACUAGAAGACAUUUAAAUUUAAAUAAAAUAGUGGAGAGAGUAUAAGAGUUUCCAUGUAUUAGUUUUUGUUUUUAGAAUCAGUUAAGAGACUGCUCCUUGUACUGGGAGAUACUAGUAUGUUUUUAUAAUGUUACCUUAAAAUUAUCUUUUUAUUUUAUAAAGCCCAUACAUACUGGUUAAAUUCUUUUAAAAACUGGGCUACUAUCAUGGAUGGUUUCACUGCUGUCAGCCAUGCUGAUGUAUUAUGUCAUCCUUGUCUACUUAGUUUAGUGCUUAAAAUUUUAUAUAAAAUGCUUUAUUUAGAAAGCGUAUGUAAUACAAUGGUGGCAGCCUUGCCAUGUACCAAUUUCACUUGAAAUUUGACACCAAUUAAAGUGGUUUAGGUGGGGAGAGAAGUACAAGCAAGCAUACAGAUGAGGAUAUCUUUUUUUAUUUGCAACAGUAUCCUUUACAUGGGAGAAGUUACUAUUCAGAGAAAGGCAGCUUCCGUGGAUAAUGUUUUGUAUAUCGUUAAGAAAUUUUCUUACAACAUUUUUGUAAGUUGUGUAAUUGUUUAAUUGCCCAGUUUUGCUCUGUGUUUGCCUGAAGUUUUAGUAUUUUGUUCUCUAACUAGGUGGACUUCUAAAAACCACACUAGCACUUGGGGAGGUUAGAUGUGCGUGUUUCCAGGCUCGUUGUGUAUGAGUGGUUUUGUUUGCUUUUUGGUUGUUUUCCUCCACAGGUUUUGAACUUUAAUCAUAAUCGUGUAUGUUACUUAAAAAAAAAAAAAGUGGUUUUGGUUUUUUCCUUAAGUAAAAUUGUGAACACUUGCUUUUCAAGGGCAGGACAUCAGUUAUGGAGACUGAGUAGUAUUGUAGAUUGUACUAUGUGCCUUGUUAACGUGUUUCUGGACACAAUUUCUUUUCAGCAACUUGAAGACUCAAAAGGGACAUUUGGUUAGGUUAUAUACUGUACAUCAAUCUAUGCAUAAACGGCAGCUUGUUUUCUUGAGCCACUGUCUAAAUUGUUUUUUCUGUUUUUAUAGAAAUUUUUUAUACUGAUUGGUUCAUAGGUGGGUCAGUUUUUUAUACAGACUGAACAGUACAGCACUUUGCCAAAAAUAAGUAACAUUGCUUAAACAUUGUGUAUUAACAACAGUUCUUUGUAAUUGGGUUCAGUGAUGCAUUUUGCACUACCUGAAAGUUAUGGUUUUUAAUCUGUCAGUAAAUAAAAUGUCCUUUACUU